GGGUCACUGUUCGGCUCAGGGCGCCUCGGCCCCGAGGGCGGCCUGUCACCAGUCGGGUCUCGAAGCUGGGGCUGAGUCGGCGGCCAGGUCUUCAAUCCGCUCGCGCUGCUCCGGGCCGCACCACCUUAAGUCGCUCCACCUUAAGGCGCGCGCGCCCCUCCCGGCCUCCACCGCGCCGGGUUCACCCCGUCCCGGCCUCCUCUGCACGCCCCUUCCCGGCUUCCCCCGCGCGCCGACGCGGGGCUUCCUGGGCCAGGGCGGGGCCGGCUAGCUGCGGCCCGGAACCGCGGAGCUGGACCUCCGCCUUCCCGGCCGGAGCUUCUCGGCGCCGGUCCCGGGGGCGCCAUGGAGCCCCGGGCGGUUGCAGAAGCCGUGGAGACAGGGGAGGAAGACGUGAUUAUGGAGGCUCUGCGGAUAUACAACCAGGAGGUGAGCGGCAGCCCGAGGCCGUGCGACGGCUCGGAGGGGGCGAGUGGUGCACGCGCGUGCGUCCGGCGGGGCGCUGUCACUCCCAGAGCUUCACGUUUGACGAUGCCCAAAAGGAAGACCGGAAGAAACUGGCGGAGCUGCUGGUCUCGGUACUGGAGCAGGGCUUACCAUCCUCCCACCGUGUCACCUGGCUCCAGAGUGUCCGAAUCUUGUCCCGGGACCGCAGCUGCCUGGAUCCCUUCACCAGCCGCCAGAGUCUGCAGGCACUGGCCUGCUACGCCGGCAUCUCUGCCUCGGAAGAAUCUGUGACAGAGCCCCCCGACAUGGAUGUUGUGCUCGAGUCCCUCAAGUGCCUGUGCAACCUCGUGCUCAGCAGCCCCAUGGCACAGACGCUGGCGGCAGAGGCCCGCCUGGUGGUGAAGCUGGCAGAGCGAGUGAGGCUGUACCGUGAGAGGAGCUUCCCCCACGACGUUCAGUUCUUCGACUUGCGGCUCCUCUUCCUGCUGACAGCGCUGCGCACUGAUGUGCGGCAGCAGCUGUUUCAGGAGCUGAAGGGAGUUCGUUUGCUGACUGACACGCUGGAGCUGACGCUGGGGGUGACGCCAGAAGAGAGCCCCCCCAAGCUCCUUCCUCCCCAACAGACUGAGCGAGCCAUGGAGAUCCUCAAAGUGCUCUUCAACAUUACCUUCGACUCUGUCAAGAAGGAGGUGGAAGAGGAAGACGCUGCCCUUUACCGGUAUCUGGGCACCCUUCUUCGGCAUUGUGUGAUGGUUGCUGCUGCUGGAGACCGCACGGAAGAGUUCCAUGGCCACACAGUGAACCUUCUGGGGAACUUACCCCUGAAUUGUCUGGACAUCCUCCUCACCCUGGAGCCACACAAAGGCUCCCUGGAGUUCAUGGGAGUGAAUAUGGAUGUGAUUCGCGUCCUCCUUGGCUUCCUAGAGAAGCGUUUGCACCAGACGCACAGGCUGAAGGAGAGCGUGGCUCCCGUGCUAAGUGUGCUGACGGAGUGCGCCCGCAUGCACCGCCCGGCCAGGAAGUUCCUGAAGGCCCAGGUGCUGCCCCCACUGCGGGACGUCAAGACCCGGCCUGAGGUAGGGGAGCUGCUGCGAAACAAGCUUGUCCGCCUCAUGACGCACCUGGACACAGACGUGAAGAGGGUGGCUGCUGAGUUCCUGUUUGUCCUGUGCUCUGAGAGUGUGCCCCGGUUCAUCAAGUACACAGGUUACGGGAACGCUGCUGGCCUCCUGGCUGCCAGGGGUCUCAUGUCAGGGGGCCGGCCCGAGGGCCAGUAUUCAGAGGACGAGGACACGGACACAGACGAGUACAAGGAAGCCAAGGCCAGCAUAAACCCAGUGACCGGGAGGGUGGAGGAAAAGCUGCCUAACCCUAUGGAGGGCAUGACGGAGGAGCAGAAGGAGCACGAGGCCAUGAAGCUGGUGAACAUGUUUGACAAGCUCUCCAGGCAUAGAGUCAUCCAACCCAUGGGGAUGAGUCCCCGGGGCCACCUUACGUCCCUGCAGGACGCCAUGUGCGAGACUAUGGAGGGGCAGCUCUCCUCGGACCCUGACUCGGACCCUGACUGAGGAUGUCAGCUGUUCUGCUCCCCCAUCAGAACUGGUGCUGCUUCCAGAGACUUCCUUGGGGCUGCAACCCCAGGAAGCCACAUCCCGCCGGCUACACGGCUCCACGCCCCUCCCUCCAAGCUGGAGACCUUUUCUCUUUACUUCCAAGGUUCUGUUCGUGAUUUGCCUCUGGUCCAGU